AUGGCUGCGACUCUGAUGUGCCGCCACGCAGCCUCCGUUCUCGUAAAGAUCUGGCUACCAGUUUGGCUGGCGAGCCAGAGUUCGGCCACCAGCGCCAUGCUGUUAAUGUACUCCUUGGAGGCCGUUGGGAUUUUCGUGACGAGCCGCGUCCUCGCAGGGGCAGACGAGGCUGCAGAUGCAAUGGCGCGAGGGGCCAGGCUCAGUCUGGCCGCAGGCUGCCUGGCCACCUUGGGCUGUUUGGGCUGCAGAGGCCAUGCGCUGCUAGCCGGUGUCUUGGGUGCCGCGCAUCUCAUUGCGCAGGCGAACUCGUGCAACCUUCUGCUGGCCUUCGCCAGCUGUUCCGCAGAGACCGCCGACCGCGCACGCACAUUGGCGCGGCUCAACCUCCUGAGUUUCCUCAGCGGAAGUAUUGUGCCAUCAGCCGUUGGUCUCACCGUGACCGUCCAGGCGGGCAGCUUCCACGGCGUGGGCUGCCUCCUUUGCGUAGCGUCUGCGUUGUACGCGCUGGGAGCAGCCGUUGCUCCACGCGCGGCUAGCUAG